CCACUGCACUGUACUAUGCUGUAUGAUGAAACCCAACAACACACGGAUUACAGAGAAUGUUGGAAAGAGCUGGUGGGGGGAAAAAUAUUCUCCAUGGUAUGUCAGGACCUCUAUGUAGGACCACAAGGAGCUGCAGCAGCAGUCAUCCUGCCACCAGAAUUGCGCCAUUGGUUCCAAGUGGCCAACUCCACCCCACAUGUCACUCUCAUGGUUGCAGUUGGAAAAAAGGCUAAGGACAUGGGACCUAUGGUGAAGAAAGCCUUACAAAUAACAACAUGGAAACCAACUCAAAAAGACCAUGUGCAGUCCUCUGCCAGUGGACAAUAUCUGAAAAUAUCCCUACGAACGUAUGAUGAAGGCACUGGGAUCCAAGUGUUGCUCAGCCAGAGAUCUCCUACUCAAGCGCCACUCUCAGAAGAACACAGUGUGCUAUUACUACAGAUACCCCAGGGGCUGUGGUCACAACAUAAAACAGAUGUAGGGCUGGUUAGGUCAGCACAGCCGGUCCAAAUUAAAACAAAACAGGGCAUCAUACUGCCGUAUAAAAAACAAUACCCGUUAAAGCCCCAUCAAAUAGCAGGUAUAGAACCCACCAUCAAGGGCUUGGUAGCAGCAGGCGUGCUAAAACCAACAAAAAGUCCGUGCAACACACCAAUUUUUCCUAUCAAGAAACCACACUCAAAUGAUUAUCGAUUGGUACAUGAUUUGCGUGCCAUUAACGCUAUUGUAGAUGCAGAAACGCCAGUGGUCCCAGACCCACACACGCUGUUAUCUAAUAUUCCUCAUGAUGCCUGCUGGUACACAGUCAUUGAUCUAUGUUCAGCAUUCUUUAGUGUACCAUUGCAUCUAGACUCACAAUACUUGUUUGCCUUUACAUAUAAAAACCAGCAGUACACUUAUACACGUCUUGCGCAAGGCUACGUGGACAGCCCAUCAAUUUUUAACAGAGUUCUAGCCAAUGAUUUGCAACAUCUAAAUGUAACUAGCACAGUGCUACAGUAUGUAGAUGAUCUGCUGGUUUGUAGUCUAACAAAAGAACAAUGUGUACAGGACUCACUCUCAGUUCUACAGGCUCUAGCAAGAGGGGGACAUAAGAAAAAGCAGGCUAUGCAUGUGCGGUACUAAUGCAGGAUACGCCAACAGGUAAGCAACCACUAGCAUACUAUAGUACCAAAUUGGACAACAUUGAAACAGGUCUGCCACCCUGCUAUCAGGGGCUAGCAGCAGCUGCCUUUGCCUUUCAGAAGGCAUCAGCUAUCACAAUGGGCCAUCCAACCAUUUUGUACACAUCUCAUCAGCUGCACGCUUUGAUCACGAGCCCCAGAUUUGUGUUAACACAAGCAAGACGAACAGGCUAUGAGGUAAUCCUCUCAGCCCCUGAACUCACAGUUCAACGAUGCACUAUAGUUAAUCCAGCCACACGCAUGAUGCUGCCUAUAGAAGGCACACCACAUGAUUGCGUCCAGUCUACAGAUGUGUUCCUACGUCCUCGUCAGGACCUGCAUAACCAGCCUAUAAUUGCAGAACUUACACUUUUUGUAGAUGGUUCUUGUUUCAGGGAUGCUACAGGAAACCACGCUGGAUAUGCUAUAAUACAGUUGCAUCCCGAUGAUACCUUUACGGAAGUACAAACAUUGAAAUUGCCUCAGCCUUGUUCAGCACAAUUGGCAGAAAUUAAGGCUUUGACUGCGGCAUGUCAUUUGGCUGCAGACAAAACGCUGAAUGUUUAUACAGACUCACAGUAUGCAUACGCAGUAUGCCAUGUUCAUGGAGUUAUUUGGAAACAAAGAGGU